AGCUUCCUGGACUUGUGCCCACCGCCUGCGCCCGCCCGCAGCCGCACGCGUGGGGCUUCCCGGCUGCCAACAAACCUCCUCGGUCCUCAAUUUUCAAAAGUGCCCCGGCCGCCGGCACCGAACAAUCAGCACUGAAGGGCAGCCCCACCAUGUUGUCAACCACGAGCACGCCGCGCGCCGCGUCGUCGCCCGAGAGCGAGGGCGAGUACUUCAAGAAGAGGAACUGGAAGCACAGGGACGUCAAGCAGCGUCACGGCCUGCACGGCUACGAUCCUUUGGAUAGAGCGUUCCAGCAAAUUCGCGAGGAGAAAAAACAGCGGAGCACCUUCUUCAGCUCACCUAGGUCUCCUUCCGCGAAGGAGCACGCGAAAAGAGCGACAGAUCUACUCAAGGAGCACGUCGAGACGAUGAAGGGUUUGGACCUCGCGUUCCGCUACACGUUUCGCGGCGCGAAGCUCGGGUUUUCGAUCGUCGUGGCGCGAUACGGCGAAGAAGGGCGGGAACACGUCCAGAUCGAGGCCACGCAGCCGCACUGCGACCUGUACAGGCCGCAGCGGCCCUUGAAGGAACUCGAGAACAUGAGAGAUAAAAUCAUGCCGACGGACGAGUUGAUAGCCAUCAACGGCGAGUACAUCCCCGACGUGUCGGCCAAGACCUUUCCGCAAAUUCUCAAGAAGAUCCAGAAGGCGGGCCGGCCGCUGACGGCGACGUUCGUGCUGGGCGAGAGGCGCGAGGAGGCGCACUCCGAGCAGGAGGAGGGGCGGGCCAUGCUGCGCGAGGAUUUACGACUGCCCGACGUGUCUGGUUAUGUGAAGGAGGCCCAGUCUCAUCGAGCCAUCGCCGCGGACGGCCUGCGGCAGACGAGGAAGGCAGUCGAGGCGAGAAGGCCGAUCAACGAGUGCCGGACCUACGUCAACGCCGCCGAGCAGGGCGCGCUGAAGGCCGCGCCGCCGGCCCAGGCCUGCGCCAAGCUCCCCAUCGACGCGAGAUCCGCGAAGGCCGAGCGGUUGAUCGGGACCGCGCAGCUGAAAACGGCCCAAGCCGCGCAGGACGCCCGCACCGACGCGGACGAGGCCGCCCGACUCCUACGAGCCUACGAGUUGCGAAGAAAUGCGGAGGACGGCGAGACGUUCGCGGUGGACCAGCUGAGCAGUCCCGGUGCGAUUGCCGGAGUGUGCUUCCGCGAUGACGUUGAGGGAGAUUCGAUCCUGGGCGACCUGCGCGCGCCGCUCGCGGGGUACAAGCCCGACGCGGCCUGGUGCUGCGGGAGCUGGGUCCUCGUGAAGGCGGAGGGCCUGGAUCAGUAUAGAGGCGCGCUUUCCAAAAGAACGACGGCGUCGGUGCGCGUGCCGGACGGCGCUUCCGCAGGAACAGUUAUAGAGGCCCACCUGCCCGACGGGACGCCCGUGAACGUGAUUCUACCAAGGGGCGCGCGGCCCGGCCAGCAGCUCGACGCGCCCAUCUCGUAUGCUCGGGACUUGACGCUCGACGUGGCCAUCUCGCGCAGUUCCGCCUACGAAGUGAGAGCGACGGAGCAAGGGCGUAGCAGGAGGGAGCGCGGCACGCUCAACAAACCGCUUGCCAUCCAGCGGGGCGCCCAACAGAUGACGAAGACCUUUACUCUCUCAAAGGACCGCGCGGACAUCAGCGCGACGAACGGCCAGCAGACGCGCUGGGUGCCCGGGCCCAACGACACUUUAGUGGUAACGUCGACCUUUCCCCGUUUAACCCCUUUAUCUGUGGAGCUGAUUUUUGAGAGAAGGAGUAAGCCUAUUGAGGAGGACGACGAGGACCCGUUCGCCAAGUACCUACCGGCGAAAGUCGACGCUCAUGCGUUCCUGCGGCAACUGAACUCCGUCGUCGCGACGGCGGGCCUCAAGUACAGGAACCAGCGCGCGAACAUCCCGCGAGACGAGGAGGACGCGUGGAAUAUAUAUAUUAUGACGGAGCACUGCGACGCGAAGUUCGAGUGGUUGUGCGGCCAGUGGGCCUGCGUCGCGACGGAGGGCUUGGCCGAGUACAACAGAGCGCUGGGUCUGAAGCUGCCCGACGAGGCGACGCCGAUGGCGCUCGGCAUCGCCGUGUCCGGCGACCGGUUUUAUGAAUUGCACGUGCGGUCGGGCGGCGAGUAUUUCAUCGAGCGGGGCGAGUUCGGCAAACCGACCGUAAUCAACGCGGCGGGCGGCGUGACGUUCGACAAGCGCUGCGACGUAUCAGCAUCAGGUAAGACGAUGGCCGUGGGCACGCCGGGCGCGCAGGUCGUCUCCAUCAAGCGCCUGUCGCCGACGGACUCCGAUCUCUUAGUGACAACCUCAUACCCGGAACUGACCGACGCCGUCGUCUGCCGCGUCUUCACGCUGAAGCACAAGUGGUCCGAGAAGAACGGCGUCGGCGCGGGCCACGCGAACGCCGAGACGGGCUCGGCCUACCGCCUCGACGGGCCCGGGCCGCGGCCGCAGACGGGCGACGACGACUUUUUUGGGUUGGACUACACGUGCGGCGCGCUGGGCAUGCGCGAGGGGUGCUACGCGGGGUGCGUGGGCUAGGUCGGGCCCGAUGCGUAUAGUACACAAUGAGCACUUA